CCGGUGUUGUGUUUUUACUGUUCUAGUUAGCUGAAACGCUAACUGGGUAGCUUAACCGGUCAGAGCGGUAAACAUAGUGCUAAGGCUAACUUGGCUAAUUAAACAGCACUGAAGCCCGACCCGACUCUUUUUGAACCUUCUGCAGUGCUGGAACACACUAAUAAUAAUACCUAUUAACAUUGUCUGGAGUCCAUAUAUGUAGUUUAGUGUGGCAACGAUGCUUCCAACAACUUUUCAAUGAAGUGGGUAAAAGUUUGCUGAUGCGCUUCAGAGUGACGGACUCAUGGGGGCGCGGGGACUGAAGCGUAAGGUCCAUGAGAGCAACGAGGGUGAAGGCUCCGUUUGGCAGAGUCAGCUGCAGUCCGUUUUGGACAUCUCCUGGGAUAAGUUCCAGCGAGACCAGGCCCUGGUGGAGCCCAGCUUACUACGAUCCGUUCUCAUCAAUAACACGCUACGCCAGGUCCAGUCGGAGGUCAGAACCUCUUUGUCCGGAAUCAGUGGCCCUCGGAAACUACAGGCUCCACCGAGGGUGCUGCCUGAGCUCCGUUCACAGCGAGAGUGCACUCCUGCUGGGCUCGGUGCCUCCAUUUGCUCCCUGGGGUUGGAAAACAUGGAGGAUGACUUCAUGGCCUGGUCCACAGAUGAGGACUUCUCCUUGUCUUCAGCCAUUUCUGCCAUCCUGAAAAAUCUCGAUGCUGCUCUAGAUGGCGGACCAUCUGUUCCUCAGCGCUCUGCGUUGGCGUCUGUUGAGAACAUCCCAGGAGAUGGAAGAUACAGACAGAGUCUGACCUUCAGCCACAAGACUGAGAGCUGCAGAACAUCUGAAGGUGGAGCACCAGCCAGCAUGUCUGGUUUCCUCCAGGAUGCCACCAUCGAUGACCUUCUGUUGGACAUUGACACGUCAGUGUUCAACGGAGAGGUGAACAGUUUCGGUUCAGGAACCUUCUCCUUUCCUGCUGACGAGCUCGUGAGAUACCUACCGUCUCUGUCCAGCUCUCCAUCUGCACCGUCCUCUUCAGGUUCAAGAGAAAUGCAUGAGUUAGAGCACAUUAUGGACAUACUCGUACGAACCUAACAGCUUCAUGUUAAAGGCGAAAAGGUUCUGUGGUUGGUAAAGCCAUCAAGUUCUAGAGAUGGCAGUUGGCAGACUGAAAACUCUGUUAGAAUAUUUUACUUGUUUUGUUUUCUUGAAGAGUAUAAAUUACGUAAUUUAAAAUAGUCUGAAACGGGCGGCGUUUAUAAUGUUUGCUCCACUACCUUGCUCAGUCUUUGGAGGUUAAACUUGAUCAUUGUUUCCCAUCGGUGCCUUCAGUAAUGCCUGAUGAAGAGAUGAAACUGAUACAGAAAGAUCUUGACAAAUGAAAUCAUCUUAAUUCCAGUCAAUAUAUCUAAAAUUUUUCACUAUGAGAUUAUAAGACUACUAAAGUAGUUCAACCUAUUUGACAUCAAUUUCCUUGUUUUAAAGGGUCUAUAUAAUCAAAUUUUCCAGGUUCCAAAAUGUACAUUUCCUACAUUUCACACCCUGCUCCAUACUGGCUGUAUAUACAAAUUCGGGUUCUAAAAACUUCUCUGCAUUCUCUAUUUUUGCCAAAUAAUUCGCCAAAAAAAAAAACAAUUUUUUACAUAUAUCUGCUGUGAUUCAGCCUAAAGCAUCUUAGCCCCACCCACUAACACUGAAAUUAUAAGGCAUGUUUCAACCUGAAGUGCUUUUAGUUUAAUUCCAAGGGUAAAGAAAGGUUGGGAAAAGGAAAUUACGUCUGUUUUUGGCGGACACACAUACCAUGUUGUGGCACAAAUGUCAUAAAUGAACCCCAGAGAGAUCAAUAAACCACAAAAUAACAAAUUCUAUACAUUAUUUCACAAAGUAAGUAAAGUUAUCUGCAGAUAAGUACAAAUUUUGCCAGCCACAAUUAGAAAUUAACGAUUCCAUUAUCUAAAUUGUUGAUGUAUUUGCCAAUACCGAUACAUAAACAUUUACAAAAUGUGAAAAUUGGGAGUAAAUCUGUAUAUUAGUGUUAUAGAAAGGUUCAGCAUUUAUUUUUAUGGGGUUUGAAUGCAGUAAAAUCAAUAAAACCCAGCGUCACAUAAGCAUUCAACUAUUCUGGAGUUAGCAAACAACAUCAGAUAUCAGUCCAACCUGAACGUCUGUCUGGUGGUCAUUUCAAAGCACAAAUCUGAUGACAAUGUGAUUCCGAAUCAUCGUGCUUCCCCUGAGUGAUCUAAAAUAUUCUUGCCGCAGUCUCAUAAUGAGAAAUAUAUUGAUAUAUUAGAGACGGGCGAUGUGGUAAAAAUAUUAUAUCAUGAUAUAUUAAGACGUUUUCACACUGCACAAUAUGCCUCACAGUAUUUAGUUUUUCUGAGAUUUAAUUAAGUUAGAAGAGACCAGAUAAAACCACAUUACUACACAUCCAAUAAUAAACCUACAGUCUUUUAUUCACGCAAGUGAAACAUUCAGCACACUGACUUUGUUCAUCGUGGUAACGAUAAAUAUUUUUCCCAUCGCUGUGAUUGACAGGGUUUGAGAUGAUUUCACUUGACAGUUCUGAGAUUUUAGAGACGUAUAUUCUACACUGUGUUUUUCUUUUCUAAGGAAAUGUUUAAUUUGCUGUAACUCAUUUUGGGUUUUGUGUUCCGUUCGAGUGCAGCAGGUUCUUCCCUAAACGUUACGGGAAUGCACUCUCUUUUGAGUUCGGGCCUCUGAAUCGGUGUUGAAAUACCUCAAACUAAUUGAUGGUUCCAUUGAAAGGCGGUCCGGCCCGGACCUGUCUGUCAGUCCUCCUGGUGUAGUAGUUGUGCAACCAGAACACAGUGAAGAGAACAGAGCUGUGAAAACCCAGGUCGUGGUCGUGGAUCAGACGGGUGGCAGCAGGUCUGGUUUAUGUAUACACACUAAGGUGUGGGGCUGUGAGUGUUGGGCGUCUGCAUGCUGUGAAGUGUUGGUUCUGGUCGUCACCUUAUGGGCCAGUUGUGCUGUUCUAGAAGGGAAAUGUUACUGUUAAUUUACACUUGUUGUAAUAAACAAAACACUAACUGA